GGCGGCCGCAGGGCCCGGGCCGUGGGCGGCCGCGUCGAGCCGCACGUAGGGGCGGAGGAGGAGCGGGAGGAUGGCGGAGCCGCGCCGGGUGCCGUUCGUCAGCCUGUCACCCGGGAGGAGGCGCGACGGGGAGCUGCCGGGCCUGGACGCGCCUCAGGCGCCCGCGCUGCCGCCGCCGCCUCAGCCGCCGCCGCCGCCGCCGCCUCCGCCUCAGCCCCCGCCGCCUCAGCCGCCCCCGCCUCCGCCCCCGCCCCCCCCGGGGGAGCCCCGCGCCCGCCCCCGCCACGACCCCACGCCAUCGCCCCCCACCCCGCCGCCCCCCACCCACACCGUGCGGCUCGACCUGCUGCUCAACGACCCCACCGACCACAGCUGCGCGGAGUUCAGCUACCCCGACCUGCUCCUCUGCCGACAACAACGGAAGAAGCCCAGCCACCCAGAAGAUCCUUUUAAUGACGAGCAGCGAGAGAAGCACGAAGUGGAAAUGCUGGCUAAGAAGUUUGAAGUGAAAUACGGCGGCAAACCUCGCAAGCACCGGAAGGAUCGCCUGCAGGACCUGAUCGAUAUAGGCUUUGGCUACGAUGAGACGGAUCCGUUCAUCGAUAACUCCGAGGCGUACGACGAACUGGUUCCCGCCUCUCUGACGACCAAAUAUGGAGGAUUUUAUAUCAACACCGGCACGUUGCAGUUCCGCCAGGCGUCAGAAUCGGAGGAUGAAGACUUCGUCGAGAUGAAAAAGCACAGGCCGCCGAAAGUUUCCAAAAUAAAAGAAGGAGAAGAUUUCAGCAUGAAGAAGAGGAAGCGGAAAGAGGAAGGAGAAAAGGAGAAGAAGGCUCAGAAGAUGAAAGUUCCCAAGCAGCUGGGAGUUCUGGCUCUCAACUCGCACAAGUCGGAAAAGAAGAAGAAGAAACUCUACAAAGAUUCUUUCUCUCUGGCUGCCAUGAUCCGAAAAUUUCAUAAAGAGAAAGAAGCACUACGGAAGAGAGACUCUGCCCCGAAAGCGUCCGUGACUGUGAUGCCCUCCGCCCUGAGUAAAUCCCCCUCCAUCGUCACCACCGCCACCCCGGCCGUCUCCGCCACGCCCCUGGGCCACGACGCCUCCGAGUUAAACCUCACCGACCCCGUCCUCUCCAUUUUUGGGAGCACAAACGAGCACGAACUCCUUCAGGAAGCCGAGUCUGCCCUGGAGAUGCUGGGAGACCUAGACUUUGACCGGUUACUGGAUGCCACCUCAAAUGGCAGCCCCCUGUCUGAGUCCGGGGGCGAGAACGGCAGUGCCACCCAGCCCCCGCACACCCCUCAGGUCCCGCUGCCCAAGCCGAUCCCCAGCCUCCCGGAAGGCCUGCCCGUUCUCCUCGAGAAACGCAUCGAGGACCUCCGCGUGGCCGCCAAGCUGUUUGAUGAAGAAGGUAGGAAAAAAUUCUUCACACAGGAUAUGAACAACAUUCUACUGGAUAUCGAGCUGCAGUUACAGGAGCUGAGGCCAGUCAUCCGCAGUGGAGUCUAUUCUCACCUUGAGGCUUUUGUCCCGUGCAAUAAAGACACACUGGUAAAGCGUCUCAAAAAGCUACACCUUAACGUCCAGGAUGAUCGUUUAAGGGAACCCCUGCAGAAGCUGAAACUGGCCGUGAGCAACGUCAUGCCUGAGCAGCUGUACAAGUAUCAAGAGGAUUGUCAGGCCCGCAGUCAAGCCAAGAAUGCCAAGCAGCAAGCAGAUGAGGAACGAGAGAAAAAUGGUUCUGAAGAGGAUGACGACGAGAAGCCGGGGAAACGGGUCAUCGGGCCUAGAAAGAAAUUCCACUGGGACGACACCAUCAGGACUUUGUUGUGUAACCUCGUCAAAAUCAAACUGGGAUGCUAUGAGCUAGAGCCAAAUAAAAGCCAGUCUGCGGAGGAUUAUCUCAAGACGUUUAUGGAGACGGAAGUGAAGCCACUGUGGCCCAAAGGCUGGAUGCAGGCUAGAAUGCUCUUUAAGGAAAGCCGGAGUGUUCACAAUCAUCUCACUUCUGCCCCGGCAAAGAAGAAGGUGAUUCUGGCACCGAAACCCAAAGUGAAGGACUGCAGUCCCAAGAAGGAGCAGAAAACGCCCACGCUCUCAGCGGGAUCCAUCUGCGGUCCCGCGGUGGGCUCCGUGCCGUCGGCUGCGGCCCCGACCGGUUCUAGCUGUGCGGCCCCGGCCCAGGAGACGAUCUGCCUGGAUGACUCGCUAGACGAAGACCUCUCCUUCCACCCCCCGUCGCUGGAUUCGAUCUCGGAGGCCCUGGCCGUGAUCAACAACGGCUCCAAGGGGCCCCCCGUCGGCUCGGGAGUGAGCACGCCGACGCCGAGACCCCGUCCCGGGCUGAGGGAAGAAAAGUUAGCCAGCAUCAUGAGUAAACUGCCGCUCUCGGCCCCGAAGAAGAUGGAGACCGCCCAGGCGGCCCACUCGUCGAGUCUCAUUGCUGGCCACACGGGACCAGUACCAAAGAAACCCCAGGACUUAAUUCACACCGGCAUCUCGUCAGGCCUUAUCGCCGGCUCUUCGAUUCAGAACCCGAAAGUUUCCUUAGAACCCUUGCCGGCCAGGCUCCUUCAGCAAGGACUGCAGAGGUCCAGCCAGAUCCAAGCAGCCGUCUCCUCCUCCCAGACCCACGCCUCUCCCUCCUCCUCCUCUCCCUCCUCCUCUUCCUCUUCCUCCUCUUCCUCCUCCUCCUCCCAGGCCCCAGGGGCGGCCUCCUCUCACCCCCUGCUGUCGUCGUCGGAGGCCCGCGAGGCCUCUCCCGGACCGCAAGGGACAAAGCUGGCCCAGCCUCCGGCCGCCCCACAGAACUACGUGUCUCCCCUGCAAGCAACCGUGAGCAAAUCGCAGACCAACCCCGUGGUGAAACUAAGCAGCAACCCCCAACUCUCCUGUCCGGCCCCACUCCUCAAGGCUUCAGACAAGCCUCUCGUCUACCGCCUUCCUCUGUCCAUGCCCUCCUCGGGAAGCGGCUCUCAAGGGCCGCAUCCUCUGGUCUCCAGGACAGCCUCCAGCGCCUCUACCUCUAGUAACUAUUUAGCUAAGGCCAUGGUGUCCCAAGUUUCCACCCAGGGUUUUAAGCCUCCCUUCUCUCUGGCCGCCUCCCCCAAGCCCGCCGCCUCCCCCAAGCCCGUGGCCUCCCCCAAACCCGUCUCCUCCCCCAAGCCCCCCCCCUCCCCCAAACCCUCUCUGGCCACUAAACCUCCCCUGUCCACGAAACUGAGCCUGUCGAAGUCUGCGGCACCCCCCAAGCCCAUGGCCUCCCCCAGUUCUUCCACUUCUAGUGCACUAGUAGCCCAGAGUAGCCACUCCAGCAGCAGCACCCCCCAACCCCACAAGCAGCCGAGCGGAGGCCACAUCAGCAGACAGUCCCCCACUUUGAACGUCCUACCCUCGAAUCGCCCCUCAGGCCUUCAGCCCACCAAGAAUCUCCAGGCCUCUUCCAAGAUGGCCAACCCCUCUUCCACUGGAACUGCCGGAAAGAAUAGCUUGAGCGGCGUCGGAAUGAAUGUACCCACCAGCAGAGGCGGCAACCCUAGCUCGAGCGCGACUAAUAGGACUAGUCUCACUGGGGGAGCAGGAAGUGGAACACAGGGUGCUACUAAACAGUUAUCUACUCCGCACAGACCAUCCUCUGCCUCAGGGUCUUCAGUGGUAGCGGCCAGCGUGCAGUCCACAGCAGGAGCAUCACUAUUGGCUAAUGCCUCACCUCUGACUCUCAUGACAUCACCCUUAUCCAUAACGAAUCAAAAUGUGACUCCAUUUGGGAUGCUGGGUGGCCUUGUUCCUGUGACCAUGCCCUUCCAGUUUCCUUUGGAGUUGCUUGGCUUCGGGACGGACACAGCUGGAGUGACUACCACUGCGGGAUCUACCUCAGCAGCUUUCCACCACAGCCUAACUCAGAAUUUGCUAAAGGGUUUACAGCCAGGAGCUCAGCACGCAGCAGCGACGCUUUCUCACUCACCUCUGCCUACUCACUUACAGCAAGCUUACAAUGAUGGAGGCCAAAGUAAAGGGGACACUAAGUUACAGCGGAAAUCCCAGUGACUUCCCAGCAAGCCAAGGAGUUGGAAGUUUUGAUUGGCUGGUGGAUCUACCUGAUGGGAAAGUGCUUAAGUGGUCAUAGGGCUGCUCUUUCUGUCAAUGUUUACAUUCUCUGUCCCAAGCACUGUGGUGAGGAGGAGGAGGAGGUGGAGGCCGCGGAGGAGGAGGAGGAAAAGAAAACAAUACUUGAUCAAAGCCAGGUGCAGGAGGAGGAAAAGCUUUUGUGUAGACUUAGUGGCCAUUUGGUCUCGGCUAAAGACACACAAAGCCAUUCCCUUCUCCCUUCCCUUCCCCCGCCCCUCCCCUCCCGCCCCCUCCAUUCCGACUGUCUUUAUAGAGGUUCCGUUGUCAAACUCACAGAAGCACAAACUUGGCUUCCCCCACCCCCCGGGGAAUAGAAAGAAUCUCAGCAUGGAUUUGGUGAACUCCGUCCAUCCAUCUGGGGGGUUGGGGCGCUCCGAUCAGCCGGCAGACGAGACACAACUGCAGAGCGGUCGAAUGUAGCCGAGUCCGGGACGCCGGGAAGGUACCUUGAUCCUUUGCGCUCGGGGGUGCCCGGGCACCGAGGGCCGAAGUUGCCCCGGAGAGGCCAGUCGCGCCCCCCACGCCGGGCAGCGGUCCCUUCCCCGCUGUCAGCGAACUCGAGCCUCAGGCAGGGAUUCCAGGUUGUGGUAGAUGAGUUAAGCGAGGGAUCUCGGGGCAAAGGACGGGGAGCAUUCCUAUAAUCCCUGUCUCCAGAGUCGACGUUUAGCCCAGACGGAGGGAGGAUCGAGAAUUCAUCCGGAUGUUUUCGGGAGAAAACGUUGCUCUGAGCAGAUCAGACCUGGAGCCUGCCCUCUCGGUAGAAGGAUCUCUCCGAUUCCUCUUCAUCAGGCUCCCUGCUCCUUUCGGCAGGACCCAUUAAGCGUGAGGCCUUUGGGGAACGCGGGACCCUGUUACGACACAGGUUUUCCUCGAGAGAAGCGGGGAUUUUCAGGACUACAGUGCCUGGCCCCGGGCCCACCCACUGCUGUCCAGAUGGGCCCAGCCUCCAGCAGCCUAAGGGUGUGAAGGCGUGACCAUCCCUCUCGGGCCUUUCCCCCGAUGCACCUCACUUGAGGGCAUGGCUGUCGAUUUCACUAGCGCUCCUCGGUCGGCCAGUCCGACCGUCCGCCUUCGGGUAGAGUUGGGCCAGCGGGUUAAAGCCGAUCUCCGCCUCGCGAAGUCAGCGUCGUUCCGAGGUUUUCGGCAGAAUGGCGGGACGUAGAGGGGAACCGCGAUCCCUGAUCCCAGGCGGGAACGCUCCCGCUCUGAGCCCCGCUCGGCGUUGUGCUUGGAAGCCCACCGGAAUCUCAAAGCCUUAGUCGGGAGUCGGUGGAAGUGUCCAUCUCUUGGCUCCCCGGGUGACGCUUUUAAGAAACCGUGAUCCGUCGCGGGUUUCGAAUUCCCUCCCCUCCCUCCGCUCCAGUUCCUUGGUUUGGGUGAGCUUUGCUUUGCUUGAUAUUUUUGGGUUUUUUCUCGGACACCAGAGAACAGUAUUCUGUUUCCCCUUUCUUGAAUGCGGGCUCUUCAAAGUCCCGUUCUCUCGUGUGUAGGGAGGGCUCCCGAGGAGAGGCGCUUUCGGCGCCCCGCGUUCGGGAAGGGGGAUGGCUAGACUAAAGGGAAAAAAUAAUAACUAAAAAAAAAAAAAUCAGUAGAUCUCCCAUGGCGUGAAGAUUCCCGACACACGGUCCCUGUGGCUUGGGCCUCUCUACCAGUUUCAAACCCGCAGCCGUAGUCCCGGAGAAGGUAGAUAUCUCCGGGAGCUUUCCAGACUUGAUCGAAUUGCCACUGAACUCUACAGAUCUAUAUAAUCGGAUCUGGUUCUCUGACCGUAAAAGUCAUAUGUGCCUGCACUUUGCCUUGUAGGAAAAGAAUAUCUCUUUGUUUAAUAAAUAAAUGAAAACUUGA